CAUCUUCCACCGUUAUUUCCCACAAUUCAAUCACCUUUCUUUCUCUAACUUUAAUUAGGAGCUUCUCAAGCUCCAUUUUCCCAUCUUUUCACUAAUAAUCAGAUAAAAUACAAAAAUAAGAACUAAUGGCGAAAGCAAAACAAUUGGAAGUGCUAAAUGCACUAGAUGUAGCAAAGACGCAAUGGUACCAUUUCACGGCAAUCAUCAUUGCCGGUAUGGGCUUCUUCACGGAUGCCUACGAUCUAUUCUCCAUUUCACUGGUCACCAAAUUGUUAGGCCGUCUCUAUUACACUCACCCGAACCCUACACACCCUGGCACCCUCCCUAUCAAUGUCUCUGCCGCGGUUAAUGGUGUGGCCUUGUGUGGUACCUUAGCCGGCCAACUAUUCUUCGGUUGGUUAGGUGACAAAUUAGGAAGGAAAAAAGUCUACGGUCUUACUUUGGUUAUGAUGGUUUUCGCUUCCUUGGCUUCCGGCCUCUCCUUUGGGCACACCGCCAAGAGUGUCAUGACGACUCUUUGCUUCUUCCGAUUUUGGCUUGGGUUUGGUAUUGGAGGGGACUACCCAUUGUCCGCUACCAUCAUGUCUGAGUAUGCUAACAAAAAGACUAGAGGUGCCUUCAUCGCGGCUGUCUUUGCUAUGCAAGGUGUUGGGAUUCUAGUAAGUGGUGUUGUUUCCCUUAUUGUGUCUUCGGGUUUUGAAGCCCGGUUUAAGCCUCCUAGCUUUGAAGAAGAUCCUGCUGGUUCACUUACCCCGGAAGCCGAUUACAUCUGGAGAGUCAUCUUGAUGUUUGGUGCUUUCCCUGCUGGUGCGACUUACUAUUAUCGUAUGCAAAUGCCUGAGACUGCUAGGUACACGGCCUUGGUUGCGCAGAAUGCUAAGCUAGCUGCAGCAGACAUGUCUAAAGUUCUACAGACAGAUAUUGGUGCCGAUGAAGAUAGGUUAGCAGACAUAGUGAAAGACAAGAAGCAACAAUUCGGUUUAUUCUCAAAGGAAUUUGCAAGAAUUUACGGCCUACGUUUGAUUGGAACCACCACUACCUGGUUCUUACUCGACAUUGCAUUUUACAGCCAAAAUCUCUUCCAAAAAGAUAUUUUCACCUCUAUUGGUUGGAUCCCUAAAGCAAGCAAAAUGAGUGCUAUUAGAGAGGUCUACAAGGUGGCGCGAGCCCAAACCUUGAUCGCUCUCUGUGGAACCGUCCCUGGAUACUGGUUCACUGUCGCCCUAAUCGAUGUCAUAGGGCGAUGGAUCAUCCAACUUAUGGGAUUCCUAAUGAUGACAAUUUUCAUGUUUGCCAUUGCCUUCCCUUACAAUUAUUGGAGUCAAAGGGAGCAUCGUAUUGGGUUCAUUGUUAUGUACGGACUUACUUUCUUCUUUGCCAACUUUGGGCCUAAUGCCACUACUUUCGUGGUACCCGCUGAGGUCUUCCCGGCUAGGUUGAGGUCUACUUGUCAUGGUAUAUCUGCCGCGGCUGGUAAAGCCGGGGCUAUAGUAGGAGCAUUCGGAUUCGUGUACGCUUCCCAAGAGAAGGACCCGGCAAAGAGGGAUGCCGGCUACCCGGCCGGUAUCGGAAAGAAGAACUCGUUGAUUGUUCUUGGUGUGAUUAAUUUCAUUGGUAUGUUGUUUACUUUCUUGGUGCCUGAAGCUAAGGGUUUGUCGUUAGAAGAGGCAGCUAAUGAGAAUCAAGAAGAAGAGGUAACGGAUGAGCGGAACAACAAUGCUAAUGUUUCUUCAGUAUGAUUAUAUUGAGCUUAAAUUAAAAGCUCGAACUUUGAAGUUUUUAUUGUGUCUUUAUUUUUUGGGUUUGUUUAUAAUUAAACACGAAUUUAUGUGAUGUGUUUUUUCUUAAUAUUGUAUAAACUAGUUAAACUAGUUUUUGACCUCGGGUGAUACCCCGUGUUAUCAUAUCUUUGUAUGGAUAACAACAAUUAUAUCCUUUAUAUAAAAUUCAGAAAUUGAUUAAAUUUUCUUAACAA